CUUCCAACCAUGCGACAAGCCCACGGUCACCACUCAUAAUCCUCACCAAGCCUCACAGACCCGAAGAACCUCCUCAACUCUAAACCCUUUUUGCGCAAGACACCUCCCCUUACAAGACGCGCAGUUCGCCGUCCAAACAACCGCCACCAUGAUCGAAGACGACUUCUACCGCACCUCCUCGCAGUUCCGCCUCUGGUCCUUCACGGCCGCGUCCCUGAAAUCCUUACGAGCGACCACAAACUCCGUAGCCAGUGACCGGGUACGAGCCGCGAUCCGCCGCGCACAAGAGGCACGACGAUCGGCCACAUCGUCCGCGACAGGCACGCCGGCGCCGGACGGGGACGCCGGCGGCAGCAGCAGUAAAGCAGAAGAGAAACCCAUCGAAUGCCUGACGCCAGAGGAGGAGCAGCAGACGGUGAGCUACUACUGCGAACAGAUCAUCCAGCUAGGGGAGAACUACAAGCCGCCGCUGCCGACGAUAGUGAGGGCAACAGCAAUCCAAUACCUCCGCCGCUUCUACCUCACGAACUCCCCAAUGACCUACCACCCGAAACAAAUCAUGCCAUGUGCGCUCUUCCUAGCAACAAAGACAGACAACUACUACAUGUCCCUGCGGCAAUUCGCAGACGGGGUACCGGGGGACGCAACAGCAGAGGACAUCAUCGCGCCCGAGUUCCUAGUGAUGCAAAGCCUGCGAUUCACGUUCGACGUGCGGCACCCGUUCCGGGGACUGGAGGGCGGGAUCAUGGAGCUGCAAGCCAUGGCGCAGGGACAGGGGACAGCGGCGCCGCAUUUCAGCGGGAGCCAGACGGCGGCCUCGCUACAACAGGGCCUGCUUGCCCUACCGCCAAACCCAAACCCCUCCGCCUCAUCAUCAUCGAAUCUAACAGACCGAAUCGCCAGAGCCCACCACACAACCCGCGAACUCCUCAAAACUGCCGCCCAGAUCACGGACGUCUAUUUCCUGUAUACCCCCGCGCAGAUCUGGCUCGCUGCGCUGAUGCUCGCGGACCGUCCGCUGGCGGAAUUCUACCUCGGUACGAAGGUUGGCGUGGCUGAUGAUGAUGGGGCGCAGCAGGAGAGUCCCCUCGCCGCUCUCCGGGUGAAACUCCGUCUCACACUUAAUGAUUGUGCUGCGAUGCUGCAGGCGUAUAAGCCUCUGGCUUCGGAUCCGGAUCAGAUGAAGACCCUCCGGAGAAUCAUCGGGAAGAAGCUGUAUCAUUGUCAGAAUCCAGAGAAGGUGAAUCUGGGCGCGGGCGGACAGAAGCGCAUCCCUGCCGCCGCCGCGGCGGCAGCAGCAGCGGCAGGUGUGGAUUCCGGGACGUCGGGGAGUGAGAUGGAGAGGUUGGCGAAGAAGCGGAAGUUGGAACAGCAACCGCAGCAGAGCAAGGAUAUCUUCGGGGGGGAGUUGGUGAUGCAGAGGACGAAGGAGCGGUAG